CGAGGCCAGGCGUGCAGGCGGGAGCCCGUGUGCAGAGCAGCGGCCGGGUCCUGCUCCCGCCUCGGAGCCCCUGGCCCGGGGGAGGGGGAGAGGCCGCUAGCCCGGUCUAUGUCUUUUUCUGACUCCAGUGCAACCUUCCUGCUGAACGAGGGUUCAGCCGACUCCUAUACCAGCCGCCCAUCUCUGGACUCAGACGUCUCCCUGGAGGAAGACCGGGAGAGUGCCCGGCGUGAAGUGGAGAGCCAGGCUCAGCAGCAGCUUGAAAGGGCCAAGCACAAACCUGUGGCAUUUGCGGUGAGGACCAAUGUCAGCUACUGUGGCAUACUGGAUGAGGAGUGCCCAGUCCAGGGCUCUGGAGUCAACUUUGAGGCCAAAGAUUUUCUGCACAUUAAAGAGAAGUACAGCAACGACUGGUGGAUCGGGCGGCUUGUGAAAGAGGGUGGGGACAUCGCCUUCAUCCCCAGCCCCCAGCGCCUGGAGAGCAUCCGGCUCAAGCAGGAGCAGAAGGCCAGGAGAUCCGGGAACCCUUCCAGCCUGAGUGACAUUGGCAACCGACGCUCCCCUCCCCCAUCUCUAGCCAAGCAGAAGCAAAAGCAGGCAGAACAUGUUCCCCCAUACGACGUGGUCCCCUCCAUGCGGCCUGUGGUACUGGUGGGACCCUCUCUGAAAGGUUAUGAGGUCACAGACAUGAUGCAGAAGGCUCUCUUCGACUUCCUGAAACACAGGUUUGAUGGCAGGAUCUCCAUCACCCGAGUCACAGCUGACCUCUCAUUGGCAAAGCGUUCCGUGCUCAACAAUCCAGGCAAAAGGACCAUCAUCGAGCGUUCCUCUGCCCGUUCCAGCAUUGCGGAAGUGCAGAGUGAGAUCGAGCGCAUAUUUGAGCUGGCAAAAUCCCUGCAGCUAGUAGUGUUGGAUGCUGAUACCAUCAACCACCCGGCCCAGCUGGCUAAGACCUCACUGGCCCCCAUCAUUGUCUUUGUCAAAGUAUCCUCGCCAAAGGUACUCCAGCGUCUCAUCCGCUCCCGGGGGAAGUCACAGAUGAAACACCUGACUGUACAGAUGAUGGCUUAUGAUAAGCUGGUUCAGUGUCCCCCGGAGUCAUUUGAUGUGAUUCUGGACGAGAACCAGUUGGAGGAUGCCUGUGAGCAUCUGGCCGAGUACCUGGAGGUUUACUGGCGGGCCACCCACCACCCAGCCCCCGGCCCUGGGCUUCUGGGCCCUCCCAGUGCUAUCCCUGGACUUCAGAACCAGCAGCUGCUGGGGGAGCGUGGCGAGGAGCACUCACCCCUCGAGCGGGACAGCUUGAUGCCCUCAGAUGAGGCCAGCGAGAGCUCCCGCCAAGCCUGGACAGGAUCUUCACAGCGCAGCUCCCGCCACCUGGAGGAGGACUAUGCAGAUGCCUAUCAGGACCUGUACCAGCCUCACCGCCAACACACCUCGGGGCUGCCUAGUGCUAACGGGCACGACCCCCAAGACCGGCUCCUAGCCCAGGACUCGGAGCACAACCACAAUGACCGGAACUGGCAGCGCAACCGGCCUUGGCCCAAGGAUAGCUACUGAUAGCCUCCUGCUGUCCUGCCCUGGCAGGCACAGGCACAGCCGGCUGGGGGACCCACUCCAGGCAGGGUGGAGUUAGACUGGCAUUAGGCUGGCACUAGGCUCAGCCCCCAAAACCCCCUGCCCAGCCCCAGCUUCAGGGCUGCCUGUGGUCCUAAGGUUCUGGGAGAAGCAGGGGGCCCCCUCACCUCCUGGGCACAGUAACCCCUCCUAGGCUCCAUUCCAGGUACUAGCUGUGUGUCCUGCACCCCUGGCACCUUCUUCUCCUCUUGCACAAGAAGCUGCCCCACUGGGCAGUGCCCUCAGGCCAGGAUCCCCUUAGCAGGGGCCUUCCCACCAGACUCAGGGAAGGGAUCCCCCUCAAAAUGACAAGAGGGUGGGGGGUGGGCAUCAUGCCAUGAGGAAGAAACGAACAAGGUCCCUGAGCAGGCACAAGUCCAAACAAUCAAAGGACUUGGGGGUUGUGCUUUGGAGUCCGAUGGCCUCCGCUCCUUCACUGCCACACAUCAGGAAUGAGACAAUCAAAGCCCGCCGGGGUGGCGUGUCCAUCCAUCAGCUGGGUUGGGGCAUCCUUGAACAAAAUUGGAGCAGCAGGCUGGCUAGGCUGGGGCCAGAAGGUUGCACAGCUGAGGCUCUUGGAGGAAAGGGCUCUCCUUACCCUGCUGGGAAGUCUCUUUACAUCUGACAGAAACAGGGACCAGGAGCAUGGUCGAACCACAUGACAGAGGGGAGCCAACCUGGAUUGGGGGUCUGGGGAAGGAGGGCAUGUGUAGCAGAGAUCAUAUGGAACAACUUCGGGGGCCUCUUGCCUUUCUCAUUCUUUCGC